AUGAUCCCAGGCUUUCCGGUAGAUGAGGAGAAGGCUCAUCAAGUUGGACUUGUUUAUGAAUAUGCUUCUCGUGGAAGUCUUAGAGAUCAUCUUUCAGAUAAAACUGGAAAUAGCCAAACAUUGAGUUGGAGAGAACGAAUUCAGAUAGCAGUGGAAGCCGCACAAGGUCUGGAGUAUCUACACAAGGGAUGUGUGCCACCUAUAAUCCAUAGAGAUGUGAAGACUAACAAUAUCCUCUUAACACAUGACUUUGAGGCAAAGGUAGCAGAUUUUGAGCUGUUAAAGCCUUUCCUGACCGAUGCCCAGACUCACGUAUCUACUGAUGUUGUGGCUGGCACUCCAGGAUACAUAGAUCCCGAGUACUCUGCUACUUUCCAGCUGACUGAAAAAAGUGAUGUAUACAGCUUCGGAGUUUUUCUUCUGGAACUGGUUACUGGUCAAUCAGCCGUGUUGGAUCAACCAAAAAGGUGUCACUUAGUCCAAUGGGUACUAUCGAGGCUAGCUGAAGCCGACAUCACUAAGGUGGCUGAUCAAAAACUCGGAGGGCAAUACAACAACUGCUCUGUCCUAAAGGUCAUUGAUUUAGCAAUGAGAUGUGUUGAUAUCUCUGCUCAUCAGAGGCCAACCAUGACCGAAGUGGUGAUGCGAUUGAAGGAGAGCUUGCAACUGGAGAACAACAAUGGAAGUGACCCAAACGCAUAUAUGGAAAUAAAUGAUGCUGGGAAUAGUGGAAUGGCAAGAUAAGCUAUGCUUGCUCGCCUCUCACUUUAGAGUUUCCGUUUGUCAAAUUUGUAAAUAUAAAAUUGUGUGAGAACAAAUUGUGUUUGGAUCAUAAUGUUUGAUGAGAGCUGGGUAGGCUCCAAAGUCUCCUAUGAGAAAUCAUUCAUCCAUGUAUGAGUACUGCCUGUGGACUUACUUGCAAGCAAGUAACAGGUGAUUCUUUCUCUUGUAACUGCAUAUGGUGUACAAACGCCGAUACUUUGUAUGGCUUAGAUGCAUGUUAGCGUACAUGUGGCUCUUAAAGAAAUCAAGUAAGAUGGAUUGGAUUUGGGUGA